UGUUGUCUGGCCUCGCGUGGAGCGCGGAUUUGUUUACAUUCUUGAGUCUGUGAAACCCGGCCAGUUUGUGUCCGGACCUCUUAGACGUCUCCAAAUUUGUGGCUGAUCUUUCAUUCAAUGGGGGGCGUCACCAGGCUCUAGGGAUCGAUAUUUAGCUGGGUCACGAGCAGCUGACCGAUGAGCUUUCGCUUCUCUCCCCUGACUGGGAUGAGGAGUUCUGCGACAGUGGCAUUCACGUGGGCGGCAGGCACGAGCUUGGCAUCCCAGAAGACACCGGCCCGGUCGUCAGGUUCACGCGGGUCGCCUUCGCUGAGGACGGGGGCGUGAAGCAGGUACACGAGCAGCGGGCGGGGAAGCCCCUCGUCUCACUCGACCAGCGGGCGGGGAAGCCCCUCGUCUCAGCCCUCGCCAGGGCUCGUGUCAAGGGCUCCAGAAGCUCCGAGCUCUACCCCACCCAGCGCAGCAAACCCAGCGAGAUCCAGAGCUGCCUGAAGAAGACUCUCAGCCAGCUGCCCACCGACCGGGUUUUCCCGCAGCCGUACAGGCACUCGGUGCAACUUGUCCAUGUGACCGGCGCCCCGCCCACAGGGCUGACCAGUGGAGCCAUGAGCCGCUCAGCCCCAUCUUGCGAGGAGCCGCUCCUAGAGCAUAACAUCGAGCUGUGUACCUUGAAAUUUGUCGACUCGCCCUCCGUGGACGAGACGCUGUGCGAGUGGUACCUCCCACCUGCCCAUCUUGCCAAUGCCCAUUAUGCCACCUCUGACUCAAGCUCUGUCCGACUUGCCACAAGCCCUGUCCUAAAUAAUGACAAGUUCCGGGCAAAGGACAAAACACCGAGCGAUGUUGAGACACUUGUCAGCGUCGACAGCAACAAAAACAUCUCAUCAAAAGACAAGACAGAGGCGUCACCCCGGACGGGGACGCUGAAAGGCUGCAUCGGGUUCCCCGCCAAGUGCGCGGUCAAAUGCGAGUCCAGCUGUGGGGAGCCGAGACAGGACGGUUGCCAUAGCAACCAGACCAGCCACAACUCCCCCGGCCCUGAGAUCAAAUCCCAGCCGAGGAGAGAAUCUCAGCACCAAAACCACUACAGAGAACCGGCAGAACCGGCUCGACAGGCCUACCCUAAGCCCUGCCCGCAACCGUGCUGCUCUGCCGGUUUUCACCAGGGAUUCAACAGCGACCGGCGUUUGCCGGACUACGUGACCAUCGACCAGUGCUACAGCGGCGUGGACGACUCGGAGUGCCGGACCAUCUGUAUAGUGGCCAACUUCGAGACGGGGGCCGGGGAGCCUGACCAGCGGACCCACGGGCAUGCGCCGAAACGUGGGGGGACGGGCGAGACUAGCGCACGGAGGGAGAGGAUUUCCCUGCGACGCGGCGUCAUGAUGCGUCAGAUGUCCUUGAACACCAACCUGGAACAGGACAUGCACCUGCUGUCAGACAUCAAAUUCGGUGAUACUGGUCGCCAAGACAGUGGUCGCCAAGCGGGCGAACAAAACAUGGCGAACCCCGACCCCUGGGACCCCAGCCUGAACGCCAACCGGCGCCCCAGCAACUGUUCCUUCUCCAGGGUGCCCCACGCCGGACCGGGCCCGGCGCCGCCGCUGGUGGUGAUAGGAGCGGACGAGGAUUUCAGUCGUACGGACAGCGGCGGCUCUCUGGCGGGUAACGUCAGCGGUGACGACACGGACCGGUGGAGGGGGAGCCUGUCCACCUCGUACAGCAGUAGCCCCUCCACGGGCCGCAUGAAGAUGAAGGACCUGGGCCUGUCGCACGCCAGCUCCGCCAUGAGGUUCCGGCUGACGUUCGACGAGUCGGCCGACGCCGCCGCCAACAACAACAUCGAGCUGCCCUUCGACGUGGCCCCACCCGCCCUCUCCAGUAAACGACCGUCAUGCAUCUGUGGCGAGCCGGAACUCCCGCCCCCGGCCGAUUGUUUUUCUCACUUCGCUGACACCCUCGACUCGUCUUCCACGGGGGUUGGUCACCCAGACCCAGGACACGGCGGGUCGGGUUCGAUUCCAUUUGAGACGCCAGAAAGCCACAUGCGCAACAGUUACUCCCCCAACGUUCCUUCAGUCAACACGACCUACGCCGGCAGCCCCGAUACCUGCCCACCCCACGCCACCAUUCCACACUACACCACGCCCCACAUCGACCAUUCCGCAGGUUACCUGAACCUGCCCGGUAACCAUGGCAACAUGGACGCCUACUCCGACGACUACACCAACUCCUCCCGGGUUCAGACUCAGCUGGACGCCGGCCAUCCUAAAGUGACCAUCUGCAUCUCCAACUCCCAGCAGUCGUUCAUCCCCUUCACCUGCGACAGCCCGACCCUGGAGAGCGCGGGGGAGGAGAACUACCAGCUCAACGACUUCCUCACCCACAACAACAACAACCACCCGUACAUCAAGGACUCGGGCGGCUACCCCGACAUGUGCACCACCGGCUACACCAGCUACCACCAGCAUUACCACGACGCGGACUACGGCUCGGGACUGGCCAACGGUCACGUUCAACCGGAAGAGAUCCGGCUGCUGUCCAGACAGGAAGGGGCGUAUCUCCAGCACCAGGACACCGUGUCGGCCCCGCCCAUCCAGGACCUCUACAGGUAUCACGUCUUCUUCUCCCACUGCCCCGAGGACAGGGAGUGGGUGGAGCACAUGGUCUCCCACCUCGAGGCGCCGCCCUUUAACUACACCUGCGCCUACGCCUCCGCCCAGGACGAGGCGGACCCGAGCACCCUCCAGCAGCGUAUCCUGUGUGCGGCCAUGCUGAGCGAGCGUGUGGUGCUGGUACUCAGCCACAGGUACGUGGAGGAGACCUGGUUCUCCUUCGAGAAAACUCUGAAGCAGCUGACCCAGAUGAGCCUGCACAACCAGAGGAUCAUGGGAGUUUUGUUGGAGGACUGCCAGAUCCCAGAGUCCCUGGGGGAGCUCUAUUUCCUGGACUCGUCAGACCCGGAUUUUUUCCUCGUCUUCACCAAGCGGUUAAAAACAAGUCGCAUUCCCCGCAGCAGCGCAUCUGUCAGUAGUGACCUUGGGCAGACGGCCUUGACCCCUGCCAACGUCACCAAUGGCAAGAUCCUGACCUUCUGUCGUCUGCAGAUCAAGGUCGGAUGGGAUUCUUUUCUCAACCCGGCAGACGGACCGGAACUGGACAUCCCGCCAUCACUGUCUGCGCAUGGCAUUGGGAUGGAGAAAACCGAGUUUGGAGAAAUCGUCACCAAAGUUUCAGGCAUCAUCGGUGGUUCCAACAAGUUGCCAUGGUUACUGUCAGCCCAGCCCCUGGCGGCCCUCCUGCUGGCCGGUGGUCUCUGGCUCCCAGCGUUCAUUGCGGUGCUGGUCGUGCACGUGGAUGACGCAAGCGGAAUUGCCCUACCAGUCAGGCUAGCCGUGUUUCUCUUCCCCCUGGGGCUGGUAGCCACUGGCUACCUGAUCAAGUGGCGACGUGCCUAUUGGCUGACUAAGAUUGUUCGACUCCUGGUCCAGAACUGUGUGGACGUCAACCAGGCUCUCUACUUCCAGGGGCGGCCACUCUUUGUUACAGCGGCUCACGUCAGGGCCAACAUCUUCGCUAUUUAUUUUGUCUACUUUGACGCUACGGAUUGUGUGAGAAGCGUGGACCUGCUGCUGUUCGCGUGUAUGGAGGACGACUGGGAAAAGCUGAUCAAACUCAUCACCUUCUACACGAGGGACGAACACUACCUCAGCAGGAUGUCCAUCUCUGAACGUCUGACCGUCAUGAUGAGUGCCCCCUACCUGGUCAAACUGGUGCGACAGGUUCUGCCCCACCCCCCACAGCAACGUCACGUCUCAAGGUUGCUGUGUCUGUGUCAGUUUACGGAGGAGUGUAUAUCUAGGUUCGCGCAUGGCCUUGACCGUGAAGAUGUGCCGGGUCUGGCCGAGCUGUUCACACGUCACAUGCCGGGCAAGGUUUCUGGCAGCGCCGUCCGGAGGGUCCAGGAGGAACUCUUCCACGCCAACCACGGACUUGUGCCGUGAGCCGAUGGUCAAACAUUUGAGCGGAGGGUCGAGGAGGAACUCUUCCACGCCAACCACGGACUUGUGCCGUGAGCUGAUGGUCAAACAUUGGAUGGUAUGUGGCUAGAUCCACGUGUGGCUACCUUCAAAUGUUGCUACAUUCAAGUGUGGCUACCUCCACGUGUGGCUACAUUCAAGUGUGGCUACCUUCAAGUGUGGCUACCUACACAUGUGGCUACCUUCAAGUGUGGCUACCUACACGUGUGGCUACAUUCAAGUGUGGCGCGGUUGAUUUUUGUGAGUACCUCGAUACUGUGGGUACCAAGGCUAGUACGUGCUUGCUUAAACAUGCGGGUACCUUGACAUGUGGGUACCUUGACAUGUGGGUACUUUGACAUGUGGGUA